AUGAAACAAGAAUUCAAUAAAACAUUGGUAGUUAUCAUUUUUAUCUUGAUUAUGAAUUUAGUGAACGCACAGAUAUCGUCUCCAAACGAAGCACUCGGCCCUCAGGGUCCAAGGGGUGAUCCUGGGCCACCUGGGCCAGAAGGUGGAGUUGGAACGCCGGGUCCUCGUGGCCCACCAGGUCCACCAGGUAUAGAUGGUGAACGUGGACCAGCAGGACCUGCCGGUACACCUGGCACACCUGGUCGUGAUGGAAGACCUGGAGUUCCAGGAGUUCAAGGUUCACCAGGGCCUCAAGGAAUAGUCGGACCACCAGGAGAACCAGGUAGUGAAGGAAGCCCUGGACCACAAGGGUAUCAAGGCCAGCCAGGAGAUAAGGGUGAUACUGGCUUCGAUGGACAUAAAGGUUCCCAAGGACCUAUGGGACCCCAAGGACCUCAGGGCCCAAUGGGUCCUAUUGGUCCACCAGGUCCGAUGGGCCCACCUGGACCAUCAGGUCCCAGAGGUGAAUCCGGACCAGCCGGAAGGGUUGGAACGAUGGGACAACAGGGUCCAAUAGGAAGCCCUGGAAGACCUGGAUCAUCAGGACCUGCGGGACAAAAAGGAGACCGUGGUCUGACAGGCGCAAAAGGAGAAAAAGGUGAAAAGGGUCCUAGUGGAACACCAGGACAUCCGGGACUGAGCAAAGAACGUGGGAUUCAGGGUGAAGUCGGUCAUGAUGGUCGUCCAGGAGUCCGGGGUGAACCAGGACAGAGAGGGCCUGAAGGAUCUAUGGGAGUAUCUGGACGACCAGGGGAGAGGGGCACAAUGGGGCGCUCAGGACUUCAGGGUCCAAAAGGUGCACAAGGAGAACCAGGCUCGGUUGGUGUAGAAGGACAAACAGGUUUGCAAGGUCCAAAGGGUGAGAAAGGUCAGUUAGGCCGUCCAGGUGAACGUGGUGAAACUGGACCACGUGGGGAACGUGGGUUAGCAGGACCAGUUGGGAUCAAGGGUGCACAAGGGGAACUUGGUAUGGCUGGAAGUCCUGGAAGUCCAGGGUUAGACGGACAACCUGGAACUGAUGGAAGUCCUGGAGAGCCUGGUGCACCAGGUGAACAAGGUCUUCCAGGGCCUCCUGGUCCACCUGGACGUCCUGGUUUAGAUGGAGCUCCUGGUACUCGUGGUGAAAAUGGUGCACACGGGAUGAAUGGAGUACCUGGAAUUAAAGGAGGAUCAGGACCAAUCGGACCAGUUGGUCUGCCAGGAGCAAGUGGGACACCAGGACAUGCUGGACCAAUGGGAUCUAUGGGACAGGUUGGACCAAGAGGACCAACGGGUGCAAUAGGACCAGUUGGGGAGCAGGGAUUGAAAGGGGCUGUAGGACCUCCAGGACUUCCAGGUCCUGUUGGAGACCAAGGUCCCGAAGGUCCAGUUGGCGCUUCUGGACCACCUGGACCAGCAGGAUAUGAUGGUCCACCAGGAGUGGAUGGAAAAGAUGGACUGGCUGGCAAAGAUGGGAAGCCUGGACCCCAAGGUCUACCUGGUGAGCAAGGUACUGUUGGGAAACCAGGUCGAAGAGGUGAUCGUGGGCCACCUGGACCACAAGGAAAGAGAGGACGAAAGGGUCAAGAAGGAGUAAUGGGACCUCCAGGAGUCUAUGGUGUUAUCGGUUUAGUUGGUAUACCUGGUCCAAAUGGUGGGACUGGAGUAGAUGGUGCACCUGGUGACCCUGGGCUUCCUGGUCUUCCUGGUACUGAUGGUCGUCUAGGAUUACGUGGACAGCCUGGAUUGCGUGGCCCACCUGGUCUGCCAGGUGUUGUCAAAGUUCAGGCCGCUACUGCAGGUGGUGCUGGCUUACCAGGAGAACGUGGAAAUCCAGGUCCUUAUGGUCCAAGUGGAGAACCAGGUGUCAAAGGUGCAACAGGAGAGAGAGGACUUCCGGGCGAUGCAGGUGAUCCAGGAGACCGCGGUCUUUCAGGUCCACCUGGACCACCAGGACCAGAUGGUCAACCAGGAGUAGAUGGAGAAGAUGGUCCAGACGGCAGCCCAGGAGAUGACGGCCCACCAGGGCCUCCAGGACCUUUUGGAGAACCUGGUCCUGCUGGAGAACAAGGCCCACAGGGCCCCCCUGGAAAUAAAGGUGCAAUGGGACUGACAGGCCCUAGAGGAGAAACAGGUCAAAGAGGUGCUCCUGGACCAAUAGGAGCGACAGGAGACGUUGGAGAACCUGGACUGACUGGUCCACCAGGGCUAAAUGGAAAUGUAGGUAGAAAGGGACCAACUGGGCAACGUGGACCUCCUGGUGUAAGAGGAAAGCCAGGAGAUGCAGGAGAACCUGGAAAGCCGGGAGAAGCCGGUCCACAUGGAUACCCAGGAUUCAUGGGACCCCCGGGUGAACCGGGUCCUGAAGGUCCUGCCGGUAGUGAAGGCAGCGAAGGUCCACCUGGAGAACAAGGGCCACCCGGCAGACAUGGAGAAGCGGGUGAAACUGGUGAUGCCGGCGAUACAGGUCCUCCAGGACGUGCCGGACCGCCAGGCCGCAGAGGUUCUCCUGGUUUUCCAGGCGCUAGAGGUUCUCCAGGAGACGUUGGCAAACCUGGUGAACCUGGACCUGUUGGCUCCAUUGGACGUGCUGGUAUGCGUGGACCACGAGGGACGGUUGGUGGUGUUGGAGUUGCUGGAAGCAAGGGAGAGCAAGGACUUUCGGGUGUACCAGGGUCUGCUGGAGAGCUGGGACCUAGAGGUGAUUCUGGACAACCAGGUAUUCCUGGAAAAGAUGGUCGACCAGGUAAACAAGGUGAACCAGGACCCAAAGGAGCUCCAGGAGGAAAAGGGCCAAUUGGGCCUCCUGGGCCUCCCGGUUUGGAUGGUCCUAUGGGAUAUCCAGGUGACCAAGGACCAAGAGGCCCUCCAGGUCCAAUAGGAGAAAGAGGACCAAUGGGUGCCAGAGGUCCACGAGGUGACAGGGGUGAUCCUGGUGAAGUUGGACCACUUGGCCCUCCUGGAAGAGAUGGCGAGCUGGGACCUCCUGGUCCACAAGGAUCAUCUGGCCCACCUGGUCUACCUGGUCCACCUGGCCAAAUUGUAUCAAUGCAAGCCAGAGCUUCACGAACAAAAGGAAUAAUGUACAGCGAUGACCCUGCAAUCAAGAGAAGAUUCGGAAAUAUCGGUACAAACCAACCUCAAGGAACAGUAGAAUUUCCCGCCAGAACUUGUGCACAUCUGGCCAGUGUAUAUCCAAAUAAGCCUGAUGGUGAAUAUUGGAUAAAUCCUAUUGGUGAUAUUGUUAGUAGUCCCACUAAAGUUAACUGUCGAAUGAAAACUAAAGAAACCUGCAUUAAACCGAAACAGGAAAAGAUUUCAUUGGGUAAAAUAUCUCCUUCUCUUAUGGGUAAUAAAUUCUGGCUUCAGCAAAUAAGUGAAAUUAAUGAGUUCAAUUAUGCCAUAGAUCCAGAACAGCUUAAUUUCCUAAAAUUGACAAGUGAUGUAGCUGUUCAACGUAUAUCCUUGUCAUGUACUGGGUCAUUGAAUUCAGCUGCUAACUCCAGUGUUUCCUUGGCUGAAAAUAUUCGUUUGCUAGGAGAUGAUGAUACAAUUCUGGAAAAAUAUCAUCCACUUCGCAAAUUUCAUAUUGAAAAAGACGAAUGUGGAAAGGUUACCGAUGGUUACACAACGGCAUUGAUCAAUGGACAUCCAAGCCGACUGCCUAUUCGUGAUAUUUAUUUAACGCAUUUCAAUGAAUUAAGUUACAAUUUAAUUCUUGGUGAUGUUUGUUAUACAACAUACUUAGGAAAAGUUGUUACCUUAAAAAAAUAA